AUGUCUCCUCUACGCUCCAUCCUCAAUUCCUCGACCGGCGCUCUCCGACACUUCCUCCCCUCGCUGACCCGCCAGUCCUGGGCCCGGGGCAUCCUCUCGUCCCGGCCGUUCUCGCAGCUAGCUAAGUUCUCGAUCGGUAAUGGCUUGCGGGCUUUGCGGGAUGGUGCAGGAGCGCAGCAGAGCUCGAAUCUCGGCGUGGUAGGGUCGACGGUGCGGCAGAUUGAACAGGUGCGGGGGAUGAAGACCCGGUCGUCGGUGAAGAGGCUGUGUGAUGGGUGUAAGCCCGUCCGGAGAAAGAACAGAGUUUACAUCAUUUGGUGA